AUGGGCUUCCGCCAGAUCAUCGACAAGUGCACCGACUUGCCAUCCAGAACCCACUUGAGCUCUGUCUUCCAGUACCAGCAGUUCAGCGGCGGCGAAAAACUGGCCCCUGGCCGAUCCAUCCCCGUCGAGGGCAUUCUGAAGUGCGCACCUGGCUUUAUAUGUCCCGCACCUGACGAUUGCGGUCUUAGUAUCCUGGCGACACCAGUCAACAGCCAGAACGUCGUCCGCAUGGAGAUGAUCUUCUCCAACCAUGCGAUGGCCCGUGGAUUUGCCGACGAUGCCAUGAAACGGUUAGCGCUUAAGAUUGAGAUGAUUGCGCGGGACGUUGAGGCUUCGCUUUCGGUGGAGGAGCUGUACGCUCAGGAGACUCGGAUUCCGUUGACGGAAUUGCCGACAUUGAAUGGGGAUGUGAACGGUUCGUUGGUGGAGGGCGUAGUCAAUGGAAUUAAUGGGACUACUGCUGGUGCAAAUGGAGUUCAUGAGGAGCCUGGUGAGGAUCAUUUUGUCAAGGAGGAUAUCAGCCUGUUGGCAUCUAUGCCUAUGAGUUAG